GUCUCCUUGGAAACAGUGACAGUAAGGAUUAAACUUGCUUCAGAAAAGGUUGUUUGGUAAAACAGUGUGGAAAAGCCUCACUAAGACAGCUUUCUAGCAUUCCGAGUUAGCAGCACCUAUCAGCUUGAUGGACUUUGAGGAGUUUGAGUGCUCAACUGAAGGUGGGUCUCUGAAGUCUGGACUCUUCGAUGUGCUCCUUCGCAGUUUUGAUGAAACAGAAGAGGAGGAAGAGGAAGAGGUUGUGGAGGUGGAGGCGGAGGCGGAGGAUGUAUAUUUUCAUGAAGAGCCAGGCCCUCUUCCUGAUUUGGAGUGGAUGCAGGAAUUAUCUGAUGAGAGCGAUGGCGGCGGUGAUGGCGCCAGCGACCUUGCACCUGAGGUCGAUGUUAGCAAGCAGAGGAGUUUUGCCGAGACAGCACGGAUGUUCAAGCUGAGACGAAACCUGGACCAGCUGGACUCGAUUCAUCGACAGAAGGAGCAUGACGUGCAGAAAACCAGAGAACACCUGAACAUUUGCCACCAUAAUAUAAAAAGCUGCUUGGACCAGAAGAACCAACUGGAGAAGGAAAUAGAGCAGCAGAAGGCAAACAACAACAGUGUGGCGGUGUUUCGACUGAAAACCCAGCAUGAGUUGUUGUGUCAAAACCUGCAGAAUGAAGAAAAGCUGGAAGGCCAAAUCCUCACCGAACUGAGGCAACAAGAAAUGGAGCUGAAUAUGAUGGAGGUGCAACUUGGCAACGUCUCCAAACACCACCAAGUCUUGGAGAAAGAAGAGCAGGUCUUCCAGGUCCUUAAAGCACAGAAGGCUGUAGCAAGGUUGGAGCAGGAGAGGAGAGUCAGCCAAAACCGUCAACGCACAAUGAAGCUUUUCAUGAAUGAACGGGCAGUCAAGCUGAAGGAGGAGGAGAUCAAAUGUCAAAGGAAGAAUGAAGAGUUUGAUGUAAACCGAAAGCUAGCUGCCAAGUACUUGAGGAGGAGCAAUAAAAGCUCCUCUGACGGCGAAAACUUCAAAAUGGAAAUGGAGGAAAUGGAGGAAAGUGUUAAUAAACGCGCUGACGACUACAGCACCCCCAGUGACUUCUUCGCAGAGCCUGAAUUUUCUGGGCUGUGGGAACAAGAAUGCAAGAAGCUUGUCUUAUCUUCUGCAAAGUCAGAAGUUAAGGAAGCUGAAUCCAGCCAGGACAGCGGGACGUUAAAUGCGACUGCCAAAAGGGUUCUGAAACAGCCUCCAUUCUCCAGUAAGCCAGAAGUCGUCCUCUUUAAGGAUUUUGAAGUUGGGAAGAGGUAUAAGAGGAAAAUUAUCCUGACAAACAUCUCCUACACUAUUAGUGUUUGCAGAUUUAUCAGAAUCUCUCCAGACCUGAGGGAGUUCGUCUCUGUCAACUUUCAGCCUCCUGGUUCUUUAUCUACUGGGAUGUCUUGUGAAAUGCUGGUUACAUUCCAUCCACUGAUUAAUGAAGACCUGGAGGGAGAAUGUUAUUUUGAAUCAACCUUUGGCCCCUUCUCUGUGCCGGUCAGAUGCGCCAUGAAGAAAUGCAGCCCGGAGGUUGACUGCCAGUCUAUUGACUUUGGUUCGUACGUUGUUGGCCAGAGUGUUUCACGGACUAUAACCCUGACCAACAACGGAGCACUGGCCAGCUUCUUCAGCGUGGGCACCUCCAUGCAUCUCUCUCCGGCAAGGAGGCAUGCCCGAUUGCCAUCCCAGGAUUUCCUCAGCACAGAUCCGGGAAGUGAUAACAUAACUUAUUCUGGUCGCGGGAGUUCUCAUUCGCUGGAUUUAGAGGAGGUCCAUCCAAAGCAGCAGAGUCUUUCAAUGGAAUCUGAAAUAAACCCUCAACUUUCCUUUGAUGCGGGCACACGCGUAAACCUGACCUUGGUAGACUACUGCGAUAUUACACUUGGAAACGUAAGAGGAGGAGAGAUUGGACCCUUUCAAAGUGUCAAGCUGGAAAUUUUAUUCAAGCCAACCAUUCCUGGAGAGACCAUAAUGGACUUCUACAUCAGAUUCUCAGACAGAAACACAAAACCAAUACCCAUCCAUGUCAGUGGUGUGGCGGUCAGCAACCCUGUAUGGAUUAUUCAACCCAGCAUUGACCUGAAGAUCUGCACCUUUGACCGCCUUUAUCAAUACACCAUCGUCGCUCAGAGCAGAGAAAACAGAGCUUUUAAACUGACCUUUGAUAUGUGCCCGGAGAUGAGGAAACACAUGGAGAUUAUACCAAAACGUGGCUUCAUCCAGGCUCUGUCAACUUUUAAGGCCCAGCUGAAAUUCAUCCCAAGACAUUCCCUGUCCAAAGAUGCUGGGAAUUAUUUUGACAGUGACACAGGCGUCCUGGAGGUUCCAAUGACAGUGCAAGUAGCAGGGCAGGUGCUUCCAGCUCAGUACACAAUACAUGCUAUUGUCACAUCUUCAGACCUGCAGUUUGACCAGACCGAGGUGGACUUUGGUCACUGUUCUAUCUUCCAUUUUGUCAGAACCACUGUUUGCCUCACCAACAUGUCCAUCCUGCCUCAAGACUUUGGUUUUGUGGCGGUUCCUGAGUAUAUUGAGGUCCAGCCUUACGAUGGCUUUGGCACUCUGCUUCCUCAAGAGACCCUGGAGAUCGAUCUGAUCUUCAGCCCUAAAAAACCUAUAGAAUAUAAUUUCCAACUCCACUGCAAAUCUGGAAUUGACAGAGACUUUGUGCUGCCUUGUCGAGGUGUGGGUUUUCAUCCACCGCUGGUGCUUUCCCACUCUCUGAUUCAAUUCAAACCUACGGCAGUAGGCGACAAAUCCACUGCCACGAUCUACCUGACUAACUACCAAGAUAAAGAAGCUGGAACUCGACUCAUCAAAGUUGUCUCAGCAGUCGAAGCUCCGAGGUUGUUCUGCUUCAUCUUACCAAAGGAUUCCGACAUCAGCAUAACGCCCUCAGUAGGACGCCUUCUCCCCGGAGAGAGAUGCCUGGUUCAGGUGAUGUUCAGACCUGUUCUUCCGGAGAAAAUGAUCAAUGAAGAGGCUCUCCGUCUGCAACAAAGCACCAAGUUGACCAGCGAGAAGGAGCAAGAUGUGAGCAGACUCCCUGAACAGGAGAUGAAAAGAGACGUUGCUGCUGAACCCAACAAAGGGAGGAGGACCCCUGCGUCUGCGAAGAGGAGGGAUAUGUCCUUUCCCUCCUCCAAAUUCGCUGACCGAGUUUCCUUAAAUCCACGAUGUGAACUGUAUGGGAAGGCCAGGGACUCGUUGCUGCGCUCCUUUACUCAAUACUACAAAGAGUACAUCGUUCGCUGCUUUGUGUCAGACGGAGAUCCUCCAGAGGCAAAUGUCCAGCCAACAUGGAGUCCCGUAAACACGCUCCACCUGAAGCUGGAAUGUCCCGCUAUACAGCCCCCUCUGCUGGUGACUUCUGGCAAUGGCAAUAACGUCUUAGAUUUCCGUCAAGUUUACAUAGGAAGCAGAGUGGUUGAAAGGUUUACAAUUCAGAACAUUUCAGAGGAGCCUGUGGAACUAACAUCAUCAUUGUUGGACAUACAUGGUCCUUUUUCCCUGGUCAAUGCUAUGAGAGGCUUAAACCCUGGAGAAAAACACACUUUGGUCCUGGCUUUCUGUCCAGCCUUGAGAAAAAAGUACUGUGAAAUACUCCACGUGCGAACCCUGAAAAUGGUUUUGGAAAUCAUUCUUCGAGGAGAGGGAGCGCUUCCUUUUGUCUCUUCGUCUCACCCUGGAGAUCUCCCUGAUGUUGUCUACGCGUUGGAGAAAGACAUUGUGUCCCAACACUUCAAGCUUAUGAACUGUUCAGCUGAGACCGUGGAUUACAGAGUGAUGCUGGCCAGUCACUCUCUGAACAGUCCUCAGCACGGAGCUGACAGGGUAACCUUGCUGCUGAAUGGACAUAGAGGCACCCAGAUCCACCCAGCUGUGGGAACGCAGAACUACAGAGGGCUAAGUGUCUUCAGUGUACUGCCACUAGAGGGCAGCCUUGCUCCUGGAAAGAAACAAGACGUCACCAUCACUUUUCAACCUGACCAUUCUUCCCUCAACUACACAGACAGACUCACCAUAGAGCUGCUAAAUAAGUGUAAAGUCUGUGAGAUAGAUCUGAAGGGUGCAGUUCCUUCCCGGAAUAUGUACCUGUGUGGAAUGGAUUCUUUAACAGUACCCAUUGAUUCUCUUCUUCCUGUCUUCACUCCACUUCAUCCUCAACUCACAGAAGCGGAGGAGAAGCCGUGUAUCCCAGUGCUCGUCACUCUGGUGGCCAGCUACAAAGCAAGGGUCGUCAGGCCUGCUGUCAGGGAACUGCGGGUGGGCUGCAUCAGCUCCCCACACGCCAAUAAGAAGAGUGGUGAGUUUCACUGGGACGACCUGGCAGCUGUGCAGCAGCAGGGCUUUCAGCUGGAACCUGCUAAAGGCGUCGUGGAGGCAGGAAGCAGCUGUUCCAUCACCAUCACAUGGACACCCCAAAGUACAUACCAGCCCUUUGAGCUGGUCCAGGUGUGCGUCCCCCUCACUUUGAAGAGCGAUGAGGUCACAACUUACAAAGUGACGUUGAUGGCUUUUGUCUCAUCCGCUGCUGACUGACCAAUACAGGAAAUGGAUGCAGAUUUUCACUGUUUUUAUUAUUUUGAUUUCCAGGUAGUUAAACCUUUUUUUCUUUUUUUGCUCUUUGUGGUUAGCAAAAAUUGUGCGUUGUUUUGGAGAGUCAAGACAUGGAUGAUGCAUAAAUUUAGAAAUUCAUGAUUGGAAAAAAAUAAAUAAAUAAACAGAAGUACUGUAAGGAUUUGCUGUUGUGGUCAUAAAAGUGCUGCCAUGUAAAAACUGAACCAUAAGAACUAAACGGUAUGUGCAGAAAAAAAAUGCUUUUGCAAAACGUCAUUUGAACUAUUUUAGUUGAAUAAAUUCCUAACAUGAGAACAGCUAAAGCUGUAACUGUACCUCUGUUAUAAAGCUUUUCAUAUAAAAACAUUAUAAAGCUGUGUUUGUCUAGAUUAAAUGUAUACAAAAAGAAAUUAAAAAAAAUCUGAAUGAUGAGUGAAUGCCAUAAAAUAUGCAAAUGAUUUCCUAGAAUAAUAGUUGGGAAAGCAAGGUUUGAUUGCAGUAAAGUAUCAUGGAGUGGGAAAGAAAAUGUUUUGACUGUGAAGUACAGCAUAUGAUUGUAGAAGUGAUUUCCACCACUAGAGGGAGCGUAUAGGACCAAAUGAACAGUUCUGAUAAAGACAAAAUAAAUCAAGUGCGCUGAUAAAUAUACAAUAAAAGUACGGGUGUCAUUCUUAUGGAGCCAGGAAGCCAAAUCCCAUUUUGGAGAUGUUUUUAGUUUAAAUAUCAACAAUUACUUUUUUAAUAUUUGCAUUAAAUGCAGGUUUAAUUGAUUUUCUUUUAAAAAAGCAUUGUUUGCCAUCUAAAAACUGUUGUUUCAAAAGGUUGAUUUUAAGUUUAUUUACUUGUGCAGCUGCAAGAGCAUAUUCUUGCUUAUGGCAUGUAAAACCAAAGUUGGUUAUUAAAAAUAGAUAGUAUUAAUAUUUCAUUAAUAAACAGAAACUUUAGAGAAAAAUCUAUAUGGAAACUUGGCCACAUGUAGACUGUGCUGAAACAUUAGGGUCUGGGUUGGGUUAGCCGCUUCAGGCUACUUUUAAAAAUUUAUCCACACUGUUUUUUUAGCUUUUACUUUGACUGGUGAUGGACCUUCUCAGAAGUAAGUAGAUAUAUACUCCAUUAUGCAUAAUGUUGUGUGUGUGCUCUACAUUUUAGAAACUCAAAAGCAGUGCCUCUCACAAUUUCUGAAGUUCCCUACAAGCAUGUGAAGAGUCUUAAAAUAAACAAUUUUUUUGCAGCAGCUCAUUCUUCGACUAAGUUUAGAAAAAUCCACAUCUUAUUUGAGUGCAAAUAUUUAAAGUAAAAAUAAAUCCCCUGUUAAGAAACACUGGUGCUGCAAUUGUUAUUCUUCCAAUGUGUUUAAAUUAACAGAAGUAUCUUAAACUAUUUUUUAAAAUGCAUAUAAUAUGCCAGAAAGGUUUGUUUAUUUUUAGCAACUCGCAGGAGAUGAGCAAAGGUCAACUGUUGUGGUUGAAAAAUAUUCAGAGAUAUCUAACUCACAAUCUAGUCAUUGUAAGAAAUAUUUGUUGUUUUUUUUGUUGUUUUUAUUUUUUUUUUAAAAGCCUUGUGAUCAAUUUUCCACAAGAUCAGUUAUUCUGGUGAGAAUUGUAGAAUUGUAGUUGAAGUUCAAUUGACAAUAUAAAGAAGGAAUGCUAAGCUAACAUUUUGAAGAUCUAGUGACCAUCUCAUGGUACAAUAAAUAGUUACUUAUAGAGUACGAGUUGUACUCUGUCAUUUCCUGUAAUACAUUCACGUUCUUUGUAUUUGUCUCCAGGAUUCUGAGGUGCCCGGCAGGUCUGGCAGAAACUUUAGCCCAGAAUUUUUCAGAAUUAUAUAUUACAUUUGUAUCAAAUCAUCUCUUACAAACCCUGAAAGCGUGUUCAACUUGUCUAAUAAGGCCCUGCACAUCUGAACAGCAGAUGUCACUAAUGCCUUGUAAUGGACCAAUAGGAGCUGACCUCUGUCUGAGAUGCAUGCAGUAAGCAUUUAUCAGAGAUUGUUGGAGAUUAUAAUAAAUCAGAUUACUGCAUCCUAACCUGCCUAUAAAAAGCAAGGUCAUUAAGAGCUUAGCCUCGUGUAAUGUCACUCGUUUUAUGAAAUCUAUUAGGUUAUAUGAGACGAUAUUUGUGUUGCUGUUUUGCCUCUCUUUUUUUUCUUAAUCUGAUUUCUCCCCUGAUCUCUUCCUAAUACGCUAAGAUAGUGCUACUUACGCUGCACACUCAGGCUAACUAGGAAAUGUAUCUCUAAAUAUGAAUGUGAACAGAAAUGUGGUAAAACACACACAAAUUAUAUGCUUCUUGACAGUGUCCCUACGAAUGUAGACAUUCCAAACCAAAACACAGACAUCCUCCAGAACUUAAUCGUGUGCAACGAGAUUAGAAAAAAAACGUCGCAACAAUGUCAGCUUGCAAAGUUUUUAUUGUAUGCAACCAAGGAAAUUAUGCAACCUGUGUUAGCCGAUGAGGGUCGUCAUAGUAACACAGUUCAAAAACUAGAUGUGUUGUAACUGAUUUAAGACCCUGGGGUUUUAUAGCUGUGCUAAAGACCCUCCACAACACACGUAUGCAAACAGGCGUGGGGCGUAUCCACGGACAACUGAAUCUUAGCGGCAUUAACCUGGGUGGAUGAGUCCCACUAGAAAUCCACACCCAGACCUGUCUCUGUUCAACAUUUCUUUAAUAUAUGUUUUUUUAUUACUAUUAUUAUUUAAAAAAUCUAACUAUGUUAUGCAUCACUGCAAUUAAAACAGAACAUCAAACAAUGGUACUCCUUUGCAUACCUCCACAGGGAACAGUAAAUUUGCUUUUGUGGGUGUUAUUUUUUUUUCUUUACACAAGUGUAUGUUCUUCUUCAUGUUCGCGUUUUCUUCUUGGAGGAGGUAUCCCUAUACGCCGUUAAAUGUCAUUUUGAUUAUUUAUAUGUGAGAAAAUCUCACUUAGGUGACCCAAAUAUGCAAAAUAAUAUUUUAAGAAAUAGUAUCAGUCUCCCUUUUUUGUAUUAUUCUUAUUUAGUGUUAUCCAUGCAGACUUAUCAGGAACAUUCAAGAACAUUCUUCUUACAAACCGAGCCUGUUGCUGCUGCUCUCGUCCCCCAUUGGACUGGACCCAAAGCACACUUUGUUGCCUCGGAGGACCACAAAGUGUUCCAUGUCUCCAAGUAACGCCUUAACCCAGCGAGCAUUAGCUCCUCCUCUGAGCAUGCUGCCUGAAGGAACCGGUAAUAAUGAUUAAGUCCUCUCUGUGUUUCAGUGAUGGCCCACCCACAGGACAUGAAUCCCCAGUGAUUACUUUGUCCAAAACAAAAGCACAGACACAUUAAUCUGUUAAAUAUAAAGACUGACACGGGUAAUAUCAGAUAAAUACAAUUCAUUGGCACACUUAUUUACAUAACAGCUUAUUCUGAAAGUGUGAAUAAUGAAAAUUGACCAAAAUGAAACAAAGUAAAUCUGUGGGAAUGCACUGUUGUAGCAAAUUAGAACUCAAUACUUUUAUUUUUCCAAACUCUCUGAAAGACUCUCCUGGCUGACAGCAUGUGUGUGGGGAAAGCUGGCCCGUCUGCUUUGAAUUUCAAAUUAAACUGCGCCGGUUUUUCUGAGGUAGCAGUUCAGCGUACCGCAAUUUUCAUAUCGCAUGUAAAAAGUAACUUGCUGUCACGCUCUCAAUUAAUCAAAAUUCUCGCGUAAAAUGUAUUUUUAUCUUCAAACAUUUUAUGUCUCUGAUUUUUUUUAAAUGCAUUGAUAAAAAUAA